GGGGAGGGGGGCAGGGCUCGGCCGGCCUUUGGCGGCGGCGGCGGAGGGGGUGCAGCGAGUGUGGGUGCUGACAGGGUUCGGCAGCGUUCGGGAGCUGCAGGAGAGGUGGCAGGGUUUGUCAGAGGUGCCCCAUUGGGAGGAGUUACAGGACAGGUGACAGGGAAUGACAGGAGUGACAGGGGUGACGAGGUUUGGCAGGGAGGUAACAGGAUGAUCCUUGACAGAUCCGGAUGUGGAGGAGCGGCUGAGGAUCCCAGGCUUCACCUGGCCCCAGAGAAUCCAGUGAAUGGUGUUUUGUUUUGAGUUUUUCUUCAUGUUCAGAUUUUCUAACACAGUUCGAAGUAUUAAAAAGCAGGCAUUCUUUAUUGCAUAGCCGGAGACAUCUGGAGGAUAAAGUGUCGUGACACUUUAAAACAAGAUGCGUUCAGUGUUUGACAAAGAACCUUUCCAGAUACUCUGCAGAUAUUAAGUUGUUGCCACCCAAUAUAAAGGAUAAACUGAUUAAACUAAUGAGUAGGCAAGGGCAAAUAACUGAUGCAAAUAUCAGUGAGGUAUUGCACCCUGCUGUGGAGUCUCUGGACCUCCGAGACUGUGAUAUUUCAGAUAAUGCAUUAUUGCAGCUUUAUAACUGCAAGCAGCUGAAAAAAAUCAACUUAAAUUCUUGCAAGGAAAACAGAUUUGGAAUCACGUCAGAAGGAGUCAUAGCACUGGCCUUAUCCUGUCCUUACCUGCGUGAAGCGUCUUUCAAAAGGUGCUGUGAUAUAACUGACAGUGGAGUUCUUGCUCUUGCAUUCAACUGCCAAUUCCUACAAAUAGUGAACCUGGGCAGCUGCUCAGGCAUCAUGGAUGCAUCUCUGCAGGCACUAGGAGAACACUGCAAAUUUCUUCACAGUGUGGACUUCUCAUCUACUCAGGUAACAGAUGAUGGCGUUGUAGCACUAGUGAGUGGAACUUGUUCAAAGAAUUUAAAGGAGAUCCACAUGGAGCGCUGUGUGAAUCUGACUGAUAUCGCCGUAGAAGCCGUCCUUACUUGUUGUCCCAAGAUACACAUUUUUCUGUUCCACGGAUGCCCACUGAUAACAGAUCGUUCCCGAGACGCUUUAGAGCAACUCAUCAUAUCAAACAAAAUCAAGCAACUAACAUGGACUGUUUACUGAUUAUUUAUCCUGUACAUGUGAGUGUCAAGUUUACAGGUGGGAGAGCUCCUUCAGCAAACAAGCAUCUUGGAGAACUAGCUGGUGGCUUCUGUACCACCAGGUUGCAUCCCUCCUGCUUCCCACUGGAGGUCUCCGUUGCCAUUCCAGUCCUUGCCCAUGAGCCUGGGCUUCCCCAUUGUCUCUCCUUGGAGCCCUGUCUGUCUUGGUAUUGAUCAUACUUCAUUAAGAGGAAGGUUAAAUUAUAAUUAAUAUUACACAGAAUAUAUUGCUCAGGCUUCCUGAAGUGCUGGAUUUGGCUGCUACUUAGUACCCUUUAGCAAUUUAGCUACAUGUACAAACCCAGUUUAGGUAAGUCUGUGUUCUGAGUUUGUAUUCUGGGAUGGUACUUGCAACUAAAGUACUGAGCCCAAAUAUAACAUUGACACACAGAAGUGUCUGUAAAGUUGGGCGUUUAAUCUAACAAAAAUCAACAGACAGAACUGGUGAAUGGAGGUGGCAUUAACAGCAAUACAAAGGUACUUUCAGUAGUAACAAAGAAUCUCCUUUCACCAUGUGCUUUUGCUAGGUCUGGAAUAAAAAAUGUUGGUACCUUUCUGUUGAUGUUACUGAUGCUGCAGAUUUCUGUUCUUGUUUACCAUCAAAUACUUGCUGGAUUUUUACACAUCCAAAAUUACAGCCUGUGAAUGUGUAAACAUAAACCUGCUUUGGAAUUGUUAUGGUUACUUUUCAAAUUUCAUAGUACCUAUGACUAAGAAAAGGAUUUUAUAUAUGGGCAAAUAUUAAUUUGCUCUGGCUUUUGCCUGUGUUUCUACAUGAAAAUCCUUUUAGAGAACAAAACACUGGUACUCAUAAGCAUAUCUGUGAAUGAAAUAGGACCAAAUGUAGUAUCUGAGCACAUAAAUCUCAGGAUGGUAGAGUGUAUGUUUUGCUGUAUGCAGUUGUUUAUAUAUCCAGUGGCCCCCAGAAACUGAAAAAAAUCAAUAAAUUUAUUGUUCAAUUAUAGUCAUAUCAAAAAACAAUUUUUGAAUGGUAGAAUGAGUUUAUUACAUGAUGGAGCAGUGCUCUCAUCACAAUUGUAAGUCAUUUUCCUUGGCUUUCUUGAACCAGCAUAACCUCUAGUGAGAGUUCAAUGAUUUCUGCAUUAAGCUCCUUAAUGCCAGCCAUUUUAGCUUUGUAAGGGCAUGGAGCACACUGGGUUCAUCCUCUGGAUCUGGAAGUAGAAGAGUUUAGCUAGGGUGGUCUAACAUGGAUUUGAUGACAUUUGGAAACCUAAAGAGUUUAGGCAACCAUAAGGAAUAUGUUUACCAUUUAACUCUUGUCAUAACGACACUAAAGUAUGGCAGAAAUAAAGCAGUCUUAUAUUAAUCUAUUUAAAGUUCAAGUCUAAUUGCAUGGAAGGUAUUUUUUGUUGCCGAUAUUAAAGGAUAUUAUGAUGUCUGACAA